AUGGGAUUCGACGACUCAUGUUCCGCAACAACGACGACGACGCGAGUCCUGGACAUCCAAAGUGAUUGGCAGACGACGGAAGAUGAUUCCUUCUGGGUGAGUUCCUCGGACCGUGUAGUGCUCACGUACCCCGAUCCUAUUGCUGGCGCCCACGUCCUUGCCCACGGAUCCACACCCACGUCCAUGCACACUGUCCACAAAGCCGACGCGUCCACGGCUGGAAUUCCGUCGUCGACGUACCAUAUUGCCGACCAGUCUCGAUACAGCUUGACCGUUGCGACGGAUUCGUACUCGAUGUCGUUUUUCACGCCGCACACGCAAACCCCGUUGCAAGCCCAGCUGUAUGCAGUCUCCACGAGUCCGAACGGGGCCUUUCUCGGUGUCGGAGGUGCCGAUGGUCUCUUCCACGUCCUCCAAGUCCCCACCCACACGAGUCUGCAACUCGCGGGCCAUGUGUCCGACGUCACGCACGUCGAGUUCUUUCCCAGUUCCCUCGUCGCGCUCACGGGGAGUGCCGACUUUUCGCUGCGCAUUUGGUCCGUUCAAACGUUCACCUGUGGGGCCGUGCUACGGGGCCAUAAAGGGGCCAUCUCCGGCAUCGGCAUACUCGGCCGCGGCCGCAACGUUGUCUCAUGCGCCCAAGACCGCUUCGUCAAGCUGUGGCAUUGCGGGUCGAGCCACUGCUACCGCGACUGGCACCUGCCGUCGACGCCGCGGUGCCUCGUGUCCUCCGCCAGUCAUCAUGAUGAUCAUGAUCAGGGUAGAACGUUGGCAGAAGCACCCGACAUGGAAUUUGAAACGUCCUCGACGUGGUUGAUUGUGGGCACGGACGCGGGGGUCACCGCCCUCGAUGCCCGCGUUGCGAGUCCAGUAUUGGAACUUGGACAUGCCGCGGCGGUGACUGCAUGUGCCACAACCCAUGGGUCUGCUAUCCCGAUGCUUGUCACUGGCACUGAAGACGGUGUGUUAUCUACCUACGACCUCCGCCAACCAAAGGGGCCCAUCCACAUGAUGUCGCGCAGCGGGGCCGGUGUCCGCGCGAUUGAAAUGGUGGACAAAGCGGCGUGGGUGGCAACGGCAGACGGCAGCUGCUCGCGGUGGAGUGGGCUGGCGAUGGGGCAAACUCCAACGGUGACAGGCGAGUUGGUUGGCCCAACCUACGACGCUGUGAAUGGCGUGAGUGUCUCGUCGAACGGAACUAUCUCGAGCGUGUCCAGAGACGGCGUGCUGCGGAUGUAUGAGAGUCCGACUAGCUAAUCAAAACGGAAUAGCACCAUGUUGUUUUGAAG